AUGUCUUCUAUCAUCGAUAAUGAAACAGGUUUUUCUGAAAGUGAUAUACAUUUUGCUCGAAAAACAUUUAUUCGUGAUUGUCCUAAUGGACGUUGUUCAAAACAAAAAUUUCUUACAUUUAUACGAAAAUCAACUUUACAAAAAAUUCAUCAAUCAAAUGUUCCAUUUUUUAAAACAUUACAAUAUUAUCGACGACGUAAAAAAUUUUUUUCGAUGAUGUUUGAUAUAUAUGAUCGAAAUCAUGAUGGAGAAUUAGAUUUUGAUGAAUAUCUUUAUGCAUUAUCAGCACUAAGUGGUGCUAAUCGUUUACGUACAAUUGAAACAUUAUUUUGUUUUUUUGAUACCAAUAAUCAAGGUUAUAUAACACGAGAAGAAUUUAAUUCAAGAAAAAUAAUAGCAGCACAAUGUCUUGGACAAGCAAAAACUGGUAUUAAAGAUAAAUUACUAUAUGAACAAGCAUUUAAUGCAAUGGAUGUAGAUAAAGAUGGACGUAUAUCAAAAGAUGAAUUUAUUCAAUGGCAUUUAAAUGAUCAUUUAAAAUUAGAUGAAACAAAAUCAAUAAAAAAACGAACGCGUUUAUUGCGUACUAUAUCAAAUCUAGUUGAUGGUCGUGGUCCAAUUGAAAAAAACCCGGUUGAUAUAUCAUUAGACAAGACUAUGAAUAUUAAUACUAAUCAAGAAUCAUCUUCAAUGUUUCAUAUUGAUCAAUAUCUAUUAAAUAUUUUUCGACAAGCACGCAAUCGUUUUCAUUAUGGAAAAAAUAAAAUUAGUGAUCACCAAUUUGAUUCAGGUGUAUUGACGUCAUCACCAAUAAACGCAAUCACUGAUUUAGACUUGACUGAAAAUAGUUUUCAGUGCAUUGCUACUAAUGAAGCAGAUAAUGAACUUUUAUAUCAAUCAUUAGAAGAUGUUUUAAUUGAAACAUUACAUGAAUUGAGACAACAGCGACAAGAACAAAGAUUAAAUAGUAAUUGUGCAGAUAAAUCUCUUAGAGAAGAUCAACAUUCAAUAACAAUUCGACUGUAA